GAUGCGGCCCUUUGCUUGCUUUUAUGAGGCCCUUGGGUCAUUAUUAGCCCCACUGUCAGCACUAUUCCUCCUACUGAUACCAAUGAUGGGUACUAUUCCUCCCACUGAUAACAAUGAUGGGGCACUAUUCCUCCCACUGACACCAAUGAUGGGGCACUAUUCCUCCCACUGACACCAAUGAUGGGGCACUAUUCCUCCCACUGACAUCAAUGAUGAGGCACUAUUCCUCCCACUGACAUUAAUGAUGGGGCACUAUUCCUCCCACUGACACCAAAGAUGGGGCAAUAUUCCUCCCACCGACACCAAUGAUUGGGCACUAUUCCUCCCAUUGACACCAAUGAUGGGGCACUAUUCCUCCCACUGACACCAAUGAUGGGGCAC